CUUGCCUCUUCUGCCUUUUCUUUCACAUAAAUUUCUCUCUUUAAGUUCGAUUCUCUUUCUCAUAUCUAUUCGUGGCUAAUCACAUCUGAUGUCGAAAGUGCCAGCGACACUGCUAGUUCAAGUUACACUUGCCAGUGGCAGCCCGUGAUUCACCACCACCAAACUGUUUCAUUCAUCCUUUGUUUACUUCGUCUUUUUCUCCCGCCGAUGCAUGAAUCAUCUGUUAGACUUCAUCAUCUCACUUCCCUCUUCUCAUCAGCAACUUCAUACUACCAACUUAUUCACCCUCCGCCCACGUAACCAUGCAUGAACCUACAAUCCAAGUCACCACUCGCCCACCAGAGCUGCUGGAUGCUGAGCCCGAACCUGAAUCACAAGUCAUCUGGCGCGAUAAAAACGGAAAGAUUUACUUUCGCAACAAUCCAGCGCUUCCUAUUCUACGAUAUCCCAACAGCAAGGUGGUAGACAAGCCUGAUGAUGCCCCAGACAAAUGCAAAAGUUGCACUCGCGAGUGUCUCGUGGCUAUACGUAGGUAUCUCCUCUCUCAUCGUUUUUCUUGUCUGAAUAAUUCGUCCAGGAAACGAGGAGAUGGAGAAAGAGAUCCAGGGACUGGAACUUGACACUGAGAAAGACUGUGACAUUCCCAAAGUCGAGAAGCCCGAACCCGUGCCCGAGAUUAAGAAGACCGAAACAUCCAAGAAAAAGGCCAAGAAAGCCAAAAAGAUGAACAACAGAAAGGCUGAAAAGUCCAAA